CAUAUCAUUGGCCUUCGUUCUCAGCCAGUCUUCUCCUUCGUUCUACUUACAAUUUGGCCCGAAACCACACAAAAGGGUGGAAUUAUUACAGUGAUUUGGGAGAGAGAGAACGAGAAUGGCGAGGACAACCUUCAGCUGUGCGUCGAAGGCUACUUCGACAUUGAUUCUUAUUCUGCUGAUUAUUUCUUCAUCAGUUUUGGCAAAGAAGUCGAAGGAUGUUACUGAGUUACAGAUCGGUGUAAAGUAUAAGCCAGAAUCUUGUGACAUUCAGGCACAUAAAGGUGAUAGAAUCAAAGUACACUAUCGGGGAAAACUCACAGAUGGGACUGUUUUUGAUUCCAGCUUUGAAAGGGGUGACCCAAUUGAAUUUGAACUUGGUAGCGGUCAGGUCAUUAAAGGAUGGGAUCAAGGACUGUUGGGGAUGUGCGUAGGGGAGAAACGAAAGUUGAAAAUACCUGCAAAAUAUGGUUAUGGAGAGCAGGGAUCACCGCCCAAAAUCCCAGGUGGUGCAACUCUCAUCUUUGACACUGAGCUUGUGGCAGUGAACGGGAAAACAGCCGGUGGGAAAACAGACGAUAGUGAGCUAUAAUCAGAGACAUCUCUAGUUGAGGUUUGUUUCCCGGUAGCUGAAUUUUGUGUGAUUCAGUAGAUUGGUAUGACCUUGGACAAUGCCAACUAGAUUUCCAGUUUUAUGGUCAUCCCUGAGAUGUUGGAAAUCUAAAUUUCUAAUCAUUAUACUUUAGACUGGGGAUUUUUCUUACGUUCUUGUGCCUUUUCGAAUAGGGCGUAAUCAAUUUUAAUUUAGAGCUUUGAGUUCCUUCCUUCCUUGGGUCUUUAGCUUUUACCUUGUUAUGGUUGAAACUGAAAGGCUAGAAUAACUGAUUGAUUUGAUAUUUUCACUGAAAGUUAAUUUGUUGGUGCUACAAGUGAGCCAUUUGUUGA